CUACAGUCUUCUAGGAGACUGCGAAUUAAGGAGUGAAGCACAUCGAGAAAAUGGCACAUCCACACCUCAUGAGAAUUUAUUGCACCGGUCCGAAUGAGGGAUGUAUCGGUCUUAAAGCGGCUAUCAUGACCGAUUUAGAUAUCAAUAUCCUCACCCCCCACGGUCACAGGGAUCUUGCCAACUUUCCCAUCAGAGAGGGCGGCGAGUUCUCGGUACAGGCCUCUACGGAGGAUGUCUUCACUGUUAGGAAUUGUGUCCAUCUGCAUAUCUGGACAGACGAAUCUACGAGGCUGGAACUGGUAAUCUUCUACAUCCCUACGGACGACAGUCCGAUCCUCCAGACCCCCCCAGAUGUGCACGUCAUUCUAGGGAGGAAUUCCAUCCUCGCUGCUAAGGAGCUUGGUGGUCGGCUACCUUCCAUAGCCCCCCUACGGCUAGGCCGUGAAAGUCAAAGUCAGGCCGAAGAGCGAGAGAGAACCCGCGACUCGAGGAGGCAGCAGGCUGCGAAAGUCCAGGAGGCCAGAAUUGAGCGGGAAGCGCAACAGUCUAAGGCUGAGGAAGAGAAAAGACGUCAAGCUCGGAGGUCAUAGCCUGGUGCUGAUGGGGAGCAACCACGGGGAGUGCGACCAUCAGAUAUUAGCUGAAUG